UCUGACCUUCCCUCCAGACGCCAGAAAUGUAUUUGUAGUGAACCACUUUUUUUCACGUUGACGAAAAUGGCCAUUUGGGUGCACCCUUGGAUUGCCACUACCACCGUUCUGUGUUCGUCAUCUGUUUCCUCGAAGAGCGCCCGAUUUUUUCUAAAAAGUGAUAGACUAGCACUCAUGAGUAUGAAACGCCGUUCCAUAAGCCCCAGAAUGGCGGCAUCCUCAGCGUCAAACGCAGUGAACAAAUUGGCCUUCCUAGACGAUUUAUUGACCGAGUCCAAAAUGGUAAACUUUACUGCCUCUCCUGGUAGCACCGGUAACGUUCUCCAACACAAUAGUGCGACUAGCACCAAAGCUGGAUGGUGCUUACGACAGGGUUUGCUGCACAUUUGUACGGUCGACGAAGGAUACGCGGCUCCUCUAGUAGCCCUCCACGGAUUGCCCGCCUUUUACAGUUGCGUGACCGAGGCGACGAACGGAGCCUGCCGACACGAUGCCACCCAAGACAUAAAGGAUCCAUCGACUUGCUUCGAAUCUCUUUGCCGGAUUAUCGCUGGGCAGUUUGUUUCCGGCAAGUCGGCGCAGGCGGUAUGGAAACGCCUUCUCGAGCACGCGCGACACGAUUUGACGCCAACUCGCAUUUUGCAAUUGGUCAGUCAACCGCAAGGGGAAGACAUUGAAUUUGGGCUACAGAAACCGGUAGGACUGACGAAGAACAAAGCCAAGUCUAUUGUUGAUUUGGCUCGGCAUUUCGAGGACGGCCGUUUGUCGGAGGGUUUUCUGACUUCAUCGACCUCUCCAUCCGGGGACACCGACAGCACUAUCACCAGUAUUCAAAAAGCACUCCUAAAGGUACAAGGUAUUGGUCCCUGGAGCGUCGACAUGUUUCUCUUGUUUUAUCUCGAGCAGCCGAAUGUACUGCCCUUGGGAGAUCUAGGCGUACGCAAAGGCAUUGCGAUUCAUUUCGCCAUGCGGGGAUCUGUAAAAAAAGGAAAACAGGCACAACUGUGUCCAAAGCAGGACGCGCCCCAGAUUCGCCGCCGAUUGGAAGCAUACGCACCGUACCAAUCACUAUUGACGUAUUAUAUGUGGAGGGCCGCUGAUACUCCGUCGGCACCAGACAGCGCAGCAACAUUGGAGGGGAAGGCCAAAUCAGAGACGAAUCACGUUCCGGCCACGUCCAUUCCCACGGAGAUGUCAGCUACGCCUUCUCGCAAGCGCAAAAGAUCUUCUUUUAGAACUAUCACACCAUAAUACACCAUAGAGCGACCGGAAGAACUC